UUACGUGAAAACGUCACAAAGACCAGAUAAUAUUUCAAUGGGCAACAUCAACGUUUUCUGUAAAACCGUAACCCGUUUACAGCUGGAUAAUUACAACAGUGACAAGUAUGACGGAAAUGUUCUCCACUUUAUUCGGUCAAAAUGAAACUCAGGGACCUCCGGGUUCAUCUUCCCUCGGAUUCGGACCUGGGAAACCUCCGCCGCCGCUCCCGCAAAAUCAAGUGUCUGUGGCGGGGCAAAUGCCACCACAGCUCGGGGACGAAGGGCCUCCGCUGCGAAAGUCUGGAGCUAUGAAUGAACCCUUCUACCUUUUACGAGAACUGCCUGUUGGGAACGAGUUAACUGGGAAUACCAACCUCAUCACGCACUACAACCUGGAACACGCCUACAACAAAUUCUGUGGGAAAAAGGUGAAGGAGAAGCUCAGCAACUUUCUACCGGAAUUACCAGGUAUGAUUGACUGUCCCGGGAAUCAGGAUGGCAGCUCACUGCGAUCCCUGAUCGAUAAGCCACCAGUGUCUGGGAACUCCUUCAGUCCGCUCACCGGCGCUUUGCUAACAGGCUUCAGAUUACACACUGGGCCGCUACCAGAACAGUAUCGACUAAUGCACAUACAGCCGCCAAAGAAGAAGAGCAAGCACAAGCAUAAACAUCAUCGCCCGCAGGACCCAUUGCCACAAGCAGAAACGCCAUCAGACACCGACCCCAAGAAGAAGAAGAAAAAAAGGGAUGACGAUCCAGAUCGCAAGAAGAAGAAGAAAGAUAAGAAAAAGAAGAAGAACCGCCACAGCCCCGAUCAUACUGGCCUGGCUGGCUUGCAACCCAACAGCAACAGCCUCAGAUAGACCCGAACCCACGUGCACAUGCCUCAGAGUGACUGUGCCCCGUUUGUCAGCACGCGCGUCUGAGUGUUGCACAGAUACUUGCAUUAUUCAAAGUAUGCUAUUGUGUAAGAAAAGAUUGACUGGAAACUACAAAUGUUUUCUUGAUGCGUUCAGGAGCAGUAGGCACAACGACACUUCGGACUCUUUGACGGCAAGCUGUGAGCUCUGUGUCACUCUCUGACUUUGUUGGAAUAAUGCUUCCCCCUAUUUCCUACCCAAAUAAACUUUUGUUUCUAUCGUUAA